ACCAAGCAGCUGACUGACUCCACCUUCACCUCCAGCCGUCACACACCGUCCAGCUGGCUGCUGCUGACCCUCACCGGACACCGCUGCCUUCACACCGAGCCAUGGACCCGCGGUGCCGCUUUCUAAUGGUGUAGCAGAGGCGACCCACUGGAUUAUGGAGCCAGAGGUGAUACGCAUGUACUCGUCCUCGCCGCCGCCGAUGGAGGACGGUGCGGAGGAAGAGGACGAUGAGUUUGGGGAUUUUGGUACCUUCUCUGGCGUUCCAAACAGCAUCAGUUUCUCUGAGUUUGAUACCCCGACCAGCUUCGACCAGAGCCAAGCGUUGACGGCCACCUCACCGCCUGAGGUCCAGGGCAGCAAAGGGGUGGUGACCAUUGAGCUGUCCAAGGCCAACGGCAUCGGCCCCAUCGGUCCCUCAGAAAGGACUGAGACGAGAAAAACCUCGUCCUCCUCACUGGACUUUUCUGUGAGUGAGCCUGCUGAUUGCAAUGGUGAGGACACAGAGGUCCUGACUAACGGAUUUGUGACCUUUGACCUUCAGGGAAGCCCCUCUGCUCAGAGAUCUGUCCACUCUCAUACUAAGAGACCGUCCACAGAGGACACAGACGGCAGUCUGGAGGACGGGUUUGCAGACUUUGCUUCUUUUUCCAACUCUGCAGAGACAGAGGAGCACACGGACAGUUCGCCGGGGCCCGCCGUCCCCACAGGGGACAGCAACGGGGACCAGGGAGCGUCCUCAGAGGGAACUGUCAGGGACACACACAGAGACGAGGCCCCGGCUGGCUCCUGUAACACAGACCGGGGCCCGGACACGGACUCUCUACAAACGGACCAAGACGUCGCUCCUGAGCCCUCAGAUACCGUUUGCACUAACGACCGUCUCUCCUUGGACGGGACGGAAGCCGACGAGGACGAGUCCAAAGACCUGUCAUCUGACACGGCUGCAGAUGUCGAGGCGGGGCAGUCGGACGAGAAGAGCUCGGAGACGGAGACGUCGUUUGGACGCCUGCUGUCCACAGACGCCCUGGAGGAGUACGGCGAUGUCAGCACCACCGGCUCGGUGCCGUCCCCACCGCUCCAGGGGGACACGGCCACCCCCGCUGAGGAAGAGGAAGACUUUGGCGACUUUGGCGAUGCCGGGUCGUUCAGCGGUCCGGGCUUCGCAGACUUUGAGCACGUGGAGAUCCAGAAGGAACAGAACACAUCGCAGGGUUCUGAUUCUGCGGCGGAAUGCGCAAACAUGGAGCAGGAGGACGACUUCGGAGACUUCAACUCUCCUGAAUGCGUUACCUGCGGAAACGAGGGGGAACAUGGGGAGGAGUUCACAGAGUUUCCCACCAGCGAGAGUUUUGGGAAUUUCAGCUCCGCCAAAGACGGCGAGGAGGAUUCUGGUUGGAGCGCCUUCGGAGAACAGCAGAACCAGAACCAGGAGCAAGAGUCCUGGGCUGCCUUCAGCACCGCGCCGAGCGUCACCACCGAGGUCGGCACAGAGGAAGAGUGGGAUGAAGGUCCAACGCCUGCAGUUAGUGAGGAGACGGGCAGACCAGAAACACAGCCGGUGGCGCUGUCCAGCCGUCUGCAGGGUUUGUUUCUCAGCAGCUUCCCGAGCUCCACCCAGAGCCACCAAGUGGAGGACCAGGUAGCGACCCUGAAGGUCCUGCUGGAGCCCGGAAAGGUCCAACCGGAUCCUGAUGGCGAGGAGGAGAGUUUGAGAAGCAGCUGGUCGACGCACGGCGACGUCUGGACGCAGCUUCGGGACGUCCACGAGGCUCUGGGGCUUCGGUACCAGUGGGGGGGCUCGCACUGUAACAAAGUCCUGCUCUGCUGCCUCGGCAUCGACACCAGAAACAUCUUGUUCACGGGACAGCGGAAGCAGCCGGUCAUCGUGCCGAUGUACGCAGCCGGCCUGGGGAUGCUGGAACCGACCAAAGAGCCGGCGAAGCCCGUUUCUGCCGCAGAGAUGAUCGCCUCCAUCGCUCAGACGCCCCCUGCAGCCGCAGAGAAAAGCUCCUGCCCGUCUGACCCGGUGCAGCAGGAGGCGCUUCCUCCCAUCCAGUUUGACUGGAGCAGCAGUGGCCUUACCAACCCGUUGGAUGCCAGCGGAGGCUCGGCUCUGUUAAACCUGGACUUCUUUGGCCCGGUGGAGGAUUCAGGCUCCAGCAGCUCAGCCUCCAUCCCAGGUGUGGACCCGGAACUGUUUGAGCUCACCACUACCAAGCUGGACUCGAGUGGCGCCGGGAGCCGCGUGGCCGACGCCUUCGCCCGCCUCAUGUCCACCAUGGAGAAAACCAGCACGUCCACCAGGAAGCCGAGGAAAGACGAGAACCUGAGCGAGGAGGCGUCCAAGGUGAUCGCCGCGCUGCCAGACCUCUCCUUCAUGCAGGCCAAGGUUCUGAUGUUCCCCACCACACUGACGCCACUCUGCUCACAGGCCACGCCCGACUGAAGCCCCGCCCAUCGCACUAACAGACCCCGCCCAUUAACCUGCAUAAUUCCUCUUUUUUUGUUCAUUAUUUAGUUUUUCUGAAUAAAGUUCACCGUUUCUGUUUUGGGGGAGGGGUGUGUACAUAAUCAGGGAUUUAAUGUUUUAUUUGAGUGAUUCUGCUUUUAUUUUGGCGGUAGUGUGAAGGAAACACUGGCUGGAGCUCUUAAACUGAAGUGGGACUCAUAGAGGUCUACAAAGUAUGAAAACAUUUAUAUAAACAUAAGAGUCUUUAUAAAUCUAUUUAUGGACUUGAAACCACACUGCCUGCAGAAUCCAGCUGAAUGUUCGUCCCUCGUUCUGUUCGGAGGCCUUAGUUUCUCCCUUCCGGGGUUUUCUGUGUCCUGCAGCUUCGUUCCCGCCUCGUGAAGCUGCUCUCCAUCCACCUGUGUGAAUAUGUCCUUCCUGUUAGUCUUGUUUGGUUGAAUCUGGGAGCAGUGAAGGAAUUAAGGGACCAACCUGUCUGUGUCUGUUGCUGUUUUUCUUUGUUUGUUUUUUUUUUUUUUCGUUCAUUCUAAUGUCGCCGUCUCCCAGGAGGAUUUUUGCACAUUGUAAAGAUGAAAUGGAUGUAAUCAUAGCUCACUGUGGCUUUAGACUGUGUACAGUUAAACUAUGGACUAAAUGUUCCAGGAGGUUCCUAUGGAAAACGGCUGAAUCGCAGCCAGAGGCUGUGAGGAGGUCGCCGUGCAUGCCCGGCUUCUUUUCAGACUGGAAAUCUGUAAAUUUUAGUGUACACAAGAAAUUAAAAUAAUUUAA